CUCUUUCUCUUUCUUUAUUUCUUUAUUUCUUUAUUUUUUCAUGUUCUCUCUUAUAAGGUCCAGAACUCUUUUGAGUGCAACCAGAGCACCUGCCAGAAGAGCCUUUUCGACCAAUUUCCCUGUUCUCCAACAGCUUACUGGAAAUGGAUCGAUCCCCACCGUCAAGAACUUCAUAAAUGGCGAGUUUGUCGAGUCAAAGACAGACAAGUGGAUUGAGCUCCGUAACCCUGCUACCCAAGAGAUCCUUUGUCUGGUACCAGAGACCACACCUGAAGAACUUAACGAAGCAACCACAUCUGCUGCAGAAGCUGCAAAGUCCUGGCGUAAAAGCAGUGUGUUGGCUCGCCAGCGCAUCAUGAUGGACUUUCAGUUCUUGAUCCGUCAGCACCACGAUGAGCUGGCCGAGAACAUUGUGGCUGAGGCCGGAAAGACCUUUGUUGAUGCAAAGGGUGAUGUAUUCCGUGGUCUUCAGGUUGUCGAGCAGGCCUGCGCAUUGACAACUCAACUGAUGGGAGAAAAACUGACCGUUGCCAAGGAUAUGGAAACAUACAUGUUCCGCGAGCCUUUGGGUGUGGUUGCUGGUAUCUGUCCCUUCAACUUCCCAGCCAUGAUUCCCUUGUGGAUGUUCCCCUUGGCCAUUGCUGCCGGUAACUCUAUUGUCCUGAAGCCUUCUGAGCGCGAUCCUGGAGCCACCAUGUUGUUGGCCAAAUUGGCUGCCCAGGCUGGCGUUCCCAAGGGUGUCCUCAACGUUGUCCAUGGCUCGGUUGACUGUGUCAACUACAUCUGUGACGAGCCCCGCAUCAAGGCCAUCUCUUUCGUCGGCUCUGACCGUGCUGGUGAGCACAUAUAUACCCGUGGUAAUGCAAAUGGCAAGCGUGUCCAGGCCAACUUGGGUGCCAAGAACCACGCUGUCGUACUUCCUGAUGCCAAUAAGCAGGCAACUCUUAACGCCAUUGCCGGCGCUGCAUUUGGCGCAGCUGGUCAGCGUUGCAUGGCUCUUAGUACACUUGUAUUGGUCGGCGAGUCCAAGGAAUGGCUUCCUGAAUUGGCUGAGCGUGCCAAGCAGCUCAAGGUUGGCUAUGGAAUGGACCCUGAGACUGACGUUGGCCCUGUCAUUACUGUCCAGUCCCGUGAACGUGUCGAGCGGUUGAUUGAGAGUGGUGCUAAGGAAGGUGCCAAACUCUUGCUCGACGGUCGUGGUGUGAGUGUCAAGGGUUACGAAAACGGUAACUUUGUUGGUCCUACUAUUAUCACAGACGUCAAGACAAACAUGGAGUGCUACCGUGAGGAGAUCUUUGGCCCAGUCUUGGUCUGUUUGACUGUGGACACCAUUGACGAGGCUAUUGAAUUGAUCAACAAUAACCCCUAUGGUAACGGUACUGCGAUCUUCACCAACUCUGGACCCAGUGCUCGCAAGUUUGAGCAUGAAAUUGAUGUCGGUCAAGUCGGUAUCAAUGUUCCUAUUCCCGUUCCCGUUCCUCCUUUCUCUUUCACCGGAAGCCGUGGAUCCAUUUUGGGUGACAUGAACUUUUAUGGCAAGAGUGGUCUUCUCUUCUACACUAAGCCCAAGACUGUCACCUCCCUAUGGAAGGAAAGCGACUCUACCCAUACUCGUUCCUCUGUGUCUAUGCCCACCAUGAGCUAGACUUCUUUAUUCUUUUCAUUUAUAUUUAUUUUUUUCACACAAUCAAAAAAAAAAGAAGAAAGAUAUAUAUACACUUAUGUACUGUAGAUUAAACUUAUCAUCUAUCUGAUAAUCAAAAAAUUAAACUAAAAUAAUAAAAAAUCAGGUUUUUUGAAAGCAAC